AUGAGUCUUGUUCAAACAGUUCCUCAUAAAGGUAAAGUUGCUGUUAUAGGUGCCGGGAUAUCUGGCCUUUCGUUUGCAUAUUUUCUUAACAAGUUGAGACCAGACAUUAAUAUAAAUAUAUACGAAGCGAGGAAACAACCGGGAGGAUGGAUUAGAACUGAAACUGUCUACGAUGAUAUUAAAUUAGAGAGAGGUCCCCGAACUAUCAGAGGUGUAAGCGAUGGUAGUUUACUUAUUGUAGAUGUGCUAAAACAAUUGGGGCAUGGUGAUCAAAUAGAAGUGAUGCCUAAGACAUCUAUUGCAAAUAAGAAGUACUUAUUGAGUGAAAAAAAUGAAUUGAUUCAGGUACCAGACGAUGGGAAAGCUAAGUCAUUCUUCAAGUUUAUGGCUUCUGACUUGAGUUCUGGGUUGAUCCCCGGAAUAUUGGGCGAACCCUUUAGAAGAAAGGGUCCUAGUCAAGACCAGGAUGAGAGUGUUGAGUCUUUUAUGAACAGACGAUUUGGUUCUAAAAGUAUAACAAGUAACAUUUUCAGUGCCGUAUUGCAUGGAAUUCAUGCAGGAGAUGUAUCCAAGCUCAGUGCCAGGUCUAUAGUACCAAAAUUGGUUGCUUUGGAGUCAGAUUCUGGGUCAAUCAUAAAAGGGAUGUUUGAGAAGAGAGGAACAGGCAAACCAAGCAACCCCACUGGCCCAUUGUUACCUCUAUCCCUUCAAAAAUAUCAGGAGGAGAUCUCUCCAGAUGCUAACCUACCAGAAUUGUCUACAACUUUGAAAAAAUACCCGAUGCUCAAAUUGAGAGAUGGCUUACAAACUUUGCCAAACAGCAUGGCGCUGUAUUUACAAAGCCAACCUAACGUUAACAUAUCCUACGAGACUUCAAUCGAGAAUAUUGACUUUGGCAGAUCUUCCAUAAAGACGAGAGAUUCAAAAACUGAUGUUAAGUAUGAUCAUAUCAGAUCGACAAUCGAUGCAAAACAAUUGUCUAAGUUGUUAGUUGAUGCACCUUCGUCACUCACCGCUUCCCUAAAAAAAGUUGACUACAUUUCAAUCUUCCUUGUAAAUAUAUAUUCAAGAAAUGUACCGUUAAUUCCUAAAAAUGGUCAUGGGUUUGGCUUUUUAGUGCCAAAGAAAAUUGUCAAUCCUGAGUGCUUACUUGGAGUGAUCUAUGACAGUGAUAUUGAGCAAAAUCUGAUCCCGUUGUAUAGGCAAAGCACGAAAGACGAAGAAGAGAAUACAUCUUCCUAUUCAAAGAUUACCCUAAUGAUGGGAGGACAUUUCUAUAAUGAUAUUGAAGUUCCAAGCCCAAAGAUAGCACUUAGAAAGAUUCGCCAUGUUCUUGAACACAGAUUAGGCGUAAACUUAGAUGGAAUAACCAUCAGGACUGAUGAUAGCUCUUCAUCGUACCCCUCCCUGAUUGGAGACAACGAGAUACUAAUAUCAUUCGUUACCAAUAAAGACUGUAUCCCCCAAUAUAAUGUUGGGUAUGGAGAAAUACACGAUAGUGUCAACAAGUUGAUAGGCAACAAGUUUUCAUUCGGAGGAAUGGCGUUUGGCAGUGGGAUUGGUUUGCCAGACUGUGUGCAAAAUGGAUUGGAGGGGGCACUCAAGGUGAGUUGA